AUGCAGCGCGUUCUCCUCUCGCUUUCGCUGCUCGCCUCGGCCGCCGUUGGUGUUCUUGCCUCGGACGAUCUCAAAAUCGACGUUACCCUUCCUGUAGAAUGCGACCGAAAGACGCAGAAAGGCGAUACAAUCAAUGUUCAUUACCGGGGCACUCUGCAAUCCAAUGGCCAGAAAUUCGAUGCCAGUUACGAUCGCGGAGCCCCCUUCAGCUUUCAAUUGGGCGCUGGCAUGGUCAUCAAGGGUUGGGAUGAGGGCCUGCUCGACAUGUGCAUUGGCGAGAAGCGAACUCUAACGAUCGCUCCGAGCUAUGGCUACGGGGAGCGAGCAGUCGGCCCCAUUCCCGCAGGAUCUACCUUGGUCUUCGAGACGGAGCUGAUGGGCAUAGAGGGUGUGCCCAAGCCUGAGUCGAUCGUUACCAAGUCCGCCACCGACAGCCCUGCUUCUUCGGCGAGCCAGAAGGUUGCCGAGAAGGUCGCUAGUGCGGUGAGCGACGCGGCCGAGGCGGUUAAGACGGUGGUUGCCGACACCGAUGACACGCAAGAACACAAUGAACUAUAA